AUAGGUAACCAACACUAACGAAUUCUUUACUAUUGACUGUUGCAAAUCCGCAGAGUGCUACCUUCAAAACCCUAAUUCCCCAAAAUUCCAAUUUCGAGAUUCAUACUGCAAUCAAGUGUUUCUCAAUGUCGUCUUCCACGUUCAACAACAGUAUUUCGAUUACCGUGUCGGACGAGGAAUCUGAUGAACUCGGUCGGAUGCGUGUCCGAGUCCGUAGAAAGCGUAAGAAACACCAGGGGCAUCGAAUCAAGAACGACUUGGGUCAGCGUGUACUCAGGAUUCUCUUGAAAUAUUGGAUGGUUUUGAUUUUCCUUCCUGCAGCUGGGUUACUGGUGUUCGAAGCCUCGAGAAUUGGCAAAAAACCGAGUUUGUAUUCGAAUUCGGUACACCAUGGAACGACGAUUCCUGAUCUGAAAAUCAACCAGGGGACCGGUGAAUCUAAGAUCAAAGAGAAUUUGGAUCGGCUUGAUCCACCACGUUGCUUGAAGCUACUACCUCAUGAAGAACUUCAACAUCUAGAUAUUCCCAUUCAUGAUGAAUUCAGUAGUCCUGUUAAAAAUGUGACAUACAUAUCAGAGAAAGAUCCACAACAUGGAGGGGGGAAUAGUACCCUUUCUCGCCUGCGUGCAGAGGGUACAAGAUUUAAUUUAUUUACUGGAGACCAAACAUUUGACCAGAGAGAGAGGAGUUUUAAGGUGAAUCAAACAGCUGAAAUACAUUGUGGUUUUUACAGUGAAAAUGGAGGGUUUAAGAUUUCUGACAAGGACAAAAAUUACAUGCAAACCUGCAUGGUUGUGGUGUCUACUUGUGCCUUUGGUGGCGGGGAUGACCUUUACCAACCCAUUGGAAUGUCAGAAACAUCACUUCAAAAGGUUUGCUAUGUUGCAUUUUGGGAUGAAAUCACUCUAGCAGCUCAAGAAUCAAGGGGGCGGAGAAUCAAUGAGGACCAUUUCAUUGGGAAAUGGCGGAUUGUGGUUGUGAGGGAUCUUCCAUUUACAGACCAAAGGUUAAAUGGUAAAAUCCCAAAGAUGUUGGCGCAUCGUCUCUUUUCUUAUGCCAAGUACUCCAUUUGGGUAGAUUCAAAAUCCCAAUUUAGAAGAGAUCCUUUAGGUGUUCUGGAAGCCCUUCUUUGGCGUUCAAAUUAUGUAUUAGCAAUUUCUCAACAUGGAGCUCGCAGCAGUGUGUAUGAGGAGGCUACGGCCGUUGUGAAGAAACACAAAGCCACCCCAGAAGAAGUUGAGGUGCAGCUGACUCAAUACAGACAGGAUGGCUUGCCUGAAGAUAAGAGAUUUAAUGGAAAGAAAGCUUUAAAUGAAGCUUCAGUCAUUGUGAGGGAGCAUACACCGUUAACUAAUCUGUUUAUGUGCCUAUGGUUUAACGAAGUGGUUCGCUUCACUUCUCGGGAUCAAUUGAGUUUCCCUUAUGUACUCUGGCGGUUGAAAUUGCUGAAGGACAUCAAUGUUUUCCCUGUCUGCAUCCGAAAAGAUCUAGUUAACAGUAUGGGCCACAUAGGCAAGGCUAAGCCAUUGACUAGUUGACGCUGUGGUGCUGCAUUCACUGUUCCACAUUCUUGAUUGCUCAAAUUGUGGCUAGCAGACAGGCUGUGUUGUUGGAUGAAUUAUAUACAGAAUGGGAAAUUUUCCCUUAUUGCUGUGGUCAUCAUGUAAAUGACUAGAGAGGAGAUUUUUGUAUGUUCAUAAUCCAGUUAGAAAUUUGAAUUUUGAAAUCUUGUUACAUUUUCGUGGCCAAAGUAUUAUGUUAUGUUCUGGAAAAUUACUAGCUAA